UCAUCCACGCUGGUAACACGAACCCCAGCCUUGACUUUUUUCAUUACCCAGCGCUCGAUCAUCACGUUACCUCAAAACCUACCAUUGAGUUUUAACAUCAUCGCGACCCGAUUCUGUGCAUACUUCCGCGAAAUGCCCACCGAACACGACAUCGAACAGCCUGCGGCAAGCAAUCCUGACUCUGAGCAGGAGCAGCCUGCCGAACAGCCAGGCGAUGCCUCCCAGGAGCCUACCGCUACUGAUGCGGUCGAGGACGUCUCGAAGAAAGUAGAUAAGACAGAGGAUGAUGCUGUCUUAAAGGCCCGACAGCGCAAAGAGAGAUUCAAAGCUCUUCAGGCUCGCGCGAAAACGGCUACAGAGCGCAACAUGAAGGAAACCGCCGCUGAAACACAACGUCUGGCGACCGACCCGGCAUUACUCUCAUCGAUCUCGCGCAAGCAUGCCUUCGCAUCGCACAACCUGCUAAAAGCUGAUACAGAGGCCGCGGGCGAGGAUUUUGAGCGCAAGCGCGCUUGGGACUGGACUGUGGAUGAGUCGGAAAAAUGGGACAAGCGGAUGGAAAAGAAACAACGCCAUCGCGAUGACGUUGCCUUCCAGGACUAUACACAAGAUGCGCGCAAAGUAUACAAGAGACAGCUGCGGGAGUUGCAACCUGACCUGGAGGGUUAUGAGCGAGAUAAGAUGGCAGCCAUCGAAAAAGCUGCCGCCAACGGGGACCUCGAAAUCGUGGAAACCAACGACGGCGAAAUGAUUGCAGUCGAUAAGAACGGCACCUUCUAUUCCACCGCAGAUACUGUCGGGUUCACGGAAAACAGGCCUGACCGGGUAGCUGUCGAUAAGCUGGUCGCGGACUUGAGAAAGGCUGAGGAGGUUCGACUCAAGAAGCGGAGAGACCGCCGCGGAGAUGAUGAUGGUGACGUCACCUACAUCAAUGAGAAGAACAAACAAUUCAACCAGAAACUGGCUCGCUUCUAUAACAAGUAUACCACCGAGAUUCGUGACAGCUUUGAGCGUGGAACUAUGAUUUGAACGGAUCCGAUGAUUUUCAUCCGUCAAAUGCCCUUUGUCGGAAUAUUCGGAUAUCGGUUGACUUUCGAGUGACUCUGCACCCCCCGGUCCUCACAUGCGGUCUCCUUUGCUGGGAAUUAUCUUUUCGAGCAAUGCGAUCAAGCUUGAAAUAGCCCAGUCGCUUUAUAGCCAAGCUUCUGACCCAUUGAGCUUAAAACUACAAUGCCGGUCACGUUGAGCUCCAUUUGCAGAGAACACGAGCGCCCUUCGCUUCUAAGGUUGGCAGAGAUCAUGGAGCAAAGAUUUAUCUAGGGGU